AUGUGGAUGCUGCUGCUGGCCCUGCUCGUGCUGCGCGCGGGGCAGUGCGUCGUGCGGGGGCAGUGCCUGGAGGCGGAGGACGGCCUCCAGAAAGACGGCCUCCUGCUGCACGGCGAUGCCGUCGUCACAGGGCUGCGGAUAGUCAACUCGUGUUCCAGCGCGGCCGUCGCUCGCAAGGCCCUGCUCGGCGCCUUCGUGAACCUGGACUGCAAGCGCCGCUACCCCCUGGGUGUGCUGACGGGGGAGGCCCUGUCGUCCGCCGAGUCCGUGUCCGAGCUGUGCUCCGGGCUGACGCAGGCCCUGUGGGUGCUGCCCGAGUCCCCGGAGCCGGAGCCGCAGCUCGCCAACGCGCUGGGCACGCUGCUCGCGGCGGGGUCCUGGCCGGCCGCGGACCUGCUCACGUCCAGCGUGCACCAGGAUGGCGACGAGGAGGACGGCGAGCACCACCUGGACGCGGCGGAGCUGCUGGCCGACCAGGCCCUGGAGAACGCCCGCCUGCGCGGGGUGUGCGCGCGCCGCGGCCACGCGCCGGACGGCUUCGCGUGGUCGGGGCCCACGUCGCGGGCGCGCGUGCUGGUGGGCGUGGAGGCCGCGCUGCGCCGGAUGCUGCGCGACCACGUGCUGGUCCCCGUGGAGGCGCCCACGCCGCAGCUCAUCCUGGCGCCGCCGGACGGCGUCUGGUCCGGGGCCACGCCGCUGCCGCGCGACGCCCUGCUGCUGGUGCCCGACGUGACGCCGCUGCGCGCCAUGCUGUCGCGCCUCAGCGAGCACAAGGCCGCCAACGCGACGGACGCCGUGCUGCUGCCCGAGCCGGAGGAGGUGGCGGCCGCCGUCGGGAUGAGCGACUUCCUGGGCGUGGGCCGCGCGCUGCUGCGGGCCGCCGACCUCCUCAAGGAGGGCCUCAGCGCGUUCUGCGGCGCCAAGGCCAAGGCCGACGUCGCGGAGCGCCGGCGACGAGCUGAGCCCGUGGACGCCGUGGACUCGACCGAACAGUCCCCCGAAGAACACUCCACCAGUGCAUCCGAUGAGUCAGAGACCGAGGACGCGGAGCCCGCAGAGCCGAUGGAGGUGCUGGAGGCCGUCGAGACCGUCGAGGCCGUGGAGGUCGUGGAGGACAUGGGCGACGUCUGCGGCCGCAUGCCCAAGUCGGCCGCCCUGCUGGAGGAGGCGGCGGCCUCGGCCACCUUCCUGCUGCUGCGUUCUCCGGGCCCCGGGCGCCCGCUCCUGCCGCUGGCGCACUACCGCGGCGGCAUCUGGACCAUCGCUGACGACGCCCUCACCAAGGCCGAUGUGGAGGUCGUGGACUGCCCGCUGCUGCUGGCCAGCGGGCAGGUCGAGUGGGUGCGGGAGGCGUGGGUGGCCACCGUGCUGACCGUCGCCGUCCUGGGCACCAUGGCGGCCACGGCGGUCGCCUUCUUCAUCGCGUCCAGGAUCCUCGCCGGGGAUAUCCUGGAAGGCUCGGCCACGCUGUCGCUGCUGCUGCUGCUGUCGCUGCUGGUGGCGUACGGGAGCGCGCUGCCGUACUGCGUGCGGGGCGGCGGCGUGGACGGCGAGGGCGGGCUGGCGCUGUGCGGGCUGCGGCUGCUGGCCGCGCCGCUGGCACACUCACUGCUGCUGGCCGUGAUGCUCGGGCGCGCCCUCAUGCUGGCCGCGUGCGACCACGACGGCGGCCUGCUGUCGCACGUGUCGGGGCCGCUGCAGGCCGCGCUCUGCUUCUUCACGGUGGCCGUGCAGGUGGCGCUGAGUGUGCAGCUGGCUGUGCUGCUCACGCCCGCCGAGUGCGCCUGGCUGUCCGGGCCGCGCUUCCUGCUGCUGCUCGCCUACGACAUGCUGCUGCUGGUGCUGCUGGCCGCCACCGCGCCCUUCAUCUGCACCUCCAGGAGGAACUACCGCGAGGGGAUGUUCUUCGCGGCGACCACGGCGGUGCUGGUGGCGGUGUGGCUGGCCUGGCUGUGCCUGUACGCCGUGGGCGGGCACGCGUGGCGCGACGCGGCGGUGGGCGGCGGCGUGACGGCGUGCGCCACCGCCGUACUGUUGGGCGUGUUCAUACCCAGGACCUACCUCAUGGCGGGCGCCAUGGUCCGCGACAAGCUGGCCGCCCAGCUGCCCGCCCUGGCCAGGGACGCGUCCAUCACGGACCUGGCCUUCCGGGAGGCGGCGCGCGGCGCCACUGCCUUGACUGGUGCGUCCGGGAUGUCUGUUGACGCCAACAACCGCCACCGCCUGGGCGAGUCGCACAAGGAAAGGCAAAUAAAGGAGAGGCGGAGAAAAAUAAAGAACAUUCCAAAGUGCCACACCAAGUGA